ACGCCAAGUCAUAAAUAAUUCCACGACUCGCCAACUCAGUCUCCACUUUGCUCUGGAGUGGUGAACUAAAAAGUAAAGAAAAGAAAGGCAGACCCACGAGAACUCGGUGACUCAAUUACUCUCCACUUUUUCCUUCCUUUUUCAGGAUCUGAAUUCUAGGGUUUCUUAAGUUAGGAAUCGGACUCAGGAGAUGACGAGUCCGAUCACGCCAAGCAAUGGCAGUGGUAGGGCUUUAUCGUUAACGUCAAGUGCUAUAGUCUCGAAGACUCCUUUAACUGACGAGAAGAUCUGGAAACGACUUAAAGAGGCUGGAUUUGAUGAAGAAUCCGUUAAAAGAAGAGAUAAGGCUGCUCUUAUUGCCUAUAUUGCAAAUCUUGAAGCCGAGAUGUUUGACCUUCAAUACCAUAUGGGGCUUCUCAUAUUGGAAAAAAAAGAGUGGACUUCGAAAUAUGAUCAAAUGAAAUCGUCUGCCGAAACAGCUGAUUUAAUGCGUAGGCGUGAUCAAGCUUCACAUUUAUCUGCCUUAGCUGAGGCGAGGAAACGAGAAGAAAGUUUGAAGAAGGCUUUAGGAGUUGAGAAAGAGUGUAUAUCAAGUAUGGAGAAAGCAUUGCAUGAGAUGCGGGCAGAAUCUGCUGAAACCAAGGUUGCAGCUGACUCUAAGUUGUCUGAGGCCCGCGAUAUGGUACAAGAUGCCCAGAAAAAGUUUUUAGAUGCUGAGGCAAAACUGCAUGCUGCUGAAGCUUUGCAAGCAGAAGCUAGCAGGUAUCAUCGAGCUGCAGAAAGAAAGCUCCAGGAAGUUGAGGCACGUGAAGCUGAUCUUAGCAGGCGUAUGACGGCUUUCAAAACCGAUUGUGAUGCAAAAGAGAAGGAGAUCGGUCUUGAGAGACAAUCUUUGAGUGAAAGACGGAAGGUUUUGCAGCAGGAACAGGAAAGUUUACUUGAUGGACAAGCUUUGCUGAACCAGAGGGAGGAUUAUGUUGCCAAUAAAUCUCAAGAGCUAAAUCAACUUGAAAAAGUUCUGGAAGUCUCAAAAGAAAAUAUUGAGAAGGAACUUAGAGCCCUAAAUGAUGAGAAAUCCAAGCUGGAGCUGACCAUUGCUUCCUUGUCUCAAAGAGAGGAGGUCAGUGUUUUCUCAAAUUUAUUGUCGACGGUCAGAUUGCUAUACUUAUAUACCUCUACCUUUUCUUUUGAGUGCAUGUAGGCUGUUAUUGAGAGAGAAGCUCAACUAAGCAAGAGAGAACAAGAGCUACUUGUUUUCCAGGAAAAGCUUGCCAGCAAGGAAUUGGUUGAAAUUCAAAAAGUUACUGCCAGUCAUGAGAAUGUUUUGAGAACAAGGAAUUCAGAAUUCGAAGCAGAGCUGGACAAGAAACGCAAAUUGGUGGAAGAUGAAAUUGAAGCCAAGAGACGGGCUUGGGAACUGAGAGAGGUUGAUCUUAAACAGAGGGAGGACCUAGUGCUAGAAAAGGAACAUGACUUGGAGGUUCAAUCAAGAGCCUUGGUAGAUAAGGAAAAGGAUGUGACAGACAGGAUCAACUUUCUUGAUGAUAAAGAAAGAAGUUUGAAUGUUGUUGAGAAGGAUAUUGAAUUGACAAGAGCUCUUCUGCUGCAAGAAAGAGAAGAGAUUAACAAAACAAAGCUAGAUCUUCAGAAGUCGUUGGACUCUUUGGAAGACAAAAGGAAACAAGUUGACUGUGCAAAGGAGAAACUACAGACCAUGACAAGUGAAACAAAUGAAUAUGCAGCUUUAGAGAUGAAACUGAAAGAAGAAGUUGACACUCUUAGGGCACAGAAACUAGAACUUGUGGCUGAGGAAGACAGACUGAAAAAUGAGAAGGGCAAAUUUGAAACUGAGUGGGAGUUGAUUGAUGAAAAAAGAGAAGAGCUAAGGAAGGAAGCCGAACGUGUAGCUGAAGAGAGAGAAGCUGUUUCCAGGUUACUCAAAGAAGAGCGUGAUAGCCUUAGACUAGAGAAGAAAGAAAUACGAGAUCAACACAAGAAAGAUGUUGAGUCUCUUAAUCAUGAGCGUGAAGAUUUCAUGAAUAAAAUGGAACAGGAGCGCUCUGAAUGGUUCAACAGGAUUCAGAAGGAACAUUCAGACUUCUUGUUGGGCAUUGAGAUGCAGAAGAGGGAACUGGAGAGCAGUAUUGAUAAAAGGCGUGAAGAGAUAGAAAGCUAUUUAAGGGAUAAAGAGAAAGCUUUUGAGCUAGAAAAGAGAAGUGAGCUUCAACACAUUGCUUCUCUUAGAGAAAAAGCAGAAAAAGAGUUGGAACAAGUUACUUUAGAAAUGAAGAAACUUGAUGCUGAGAGAAUGGAGAUAAAUUUAGACCGUGAGCGAAGGGAUGGGGAAUGGGCAAUGCUGAAUAAAUCCAUUGAGGAUCUCAAGGGUCAGACACAAAAAUUAGAGAAACAAAGGCAACUGUUACGUGGAGAGAGAGAAGAGAUUUAUGUUCAGAUUGAGCAACUAAAAAAAUUGGAUAAUUUGAAACUUGCCUUGGAUGAUAUGGAAAUGGAAGAGAUGCAACUAUCCAAUAUGGAGUCUAGCCGCCAGAAAAUAUCUACAAUAAGACGUUUGAAGCAACAAAGUACUGUACAAGAUACUGAUUUGGCUUCUUAUGGAAAAUUAGAUGCUGCCAGCAAUGUAGGUGGACUCAACUCCCCUACACCAAAAAAAAGUGUUGCUCCCCACCCUAACUCUGCUCGUUUUUCUUGGAUAAAGCGUUGCUCUGAAUUGGUCUUCAAAAAUUCCCCUGAGAAGCCCUUGUCAAAGAGCGAGGAGUCUGGGAUGUCUGGCCACGAAGACACAAGUUUGACAGCUGGAAAAUUGGAUUCUUCCAAUGGAUACUGUGGGAAAAAGCCCAAGUCGGUACAAUUUUUUGACAAGAGUCAACCUAUUAGAUAUGCUUAUGGUGAGCCAAAAGUGAUACUUGAAGUGCCUCCUAAAGGAGAUAUUUCUAAGGAGUCAUGCAGUGUUGAAUAUGAUAUCGUGGAAGUUGCAAAUGAAAGGCUCACAUUCCCAAUUUCUGAUCUAGCACCACAGGCUGAAAGGAAACGACGCGUUGACAAUUCAUCUUUAGAUAAUUCUGUUGAUUCUCAGCAUGGGAAAGGUCAGAGCAAUAAGAGGAGGCGGCAAGAGGAAAUUGCCAGUGCAAUUUUACCUGAAGAUACUGUUAAUGACAGUGUAACUUCAACCCAGGAAGCUGUUUGUAAGGAUCAGCAUGCAGCUGAAGAAGCAGAUGAAGUACUUACGGACAAAAUCAUUAAAGUUUCUGAAGUGACUUGUGAAAUAACUAGCACAGACACUUUUGCUCAUCAAGAAAUAUCAAUGCAGCUUCAAAGUUCUGAAAAGACAUCCCACCACAAUACUGGUAAAGACAAGGAGGUUUCAGAAGUGUUAAAGGAGUAGUGUGUGGGAGAUGUUGGAAAUGGCUCCAAGUAAAGUCAGCAAUGCAGGAGCUGGUAGAUUUUGAACUCAAUGUCAGAAAAGGGGAGCUUAAGCAGCUAGUCUUUUAGAUGUAGACGAUGCAGACAACACCCACAUUUUCUGGAAAAGGGUUAAAACUUAAAAUAGUAUUGCCUUGUAGAUGUGAAUAUAUGGUGUUUUUAAACAUGCUAAUAUGCUUCCAAGGUCUUGAAAACUUGAGUUUCUGAAAUGUUGUGCUUUUUGGUCAAUUUCACUGGACUUACCAUGACCUAUGCUGCCUUGUAAAGUGCAUAUCUUCAUGGGUAGAUCAAAGUCUAGAUCAAAGUCAUCAACUCUGUUUUAGGCUAUGCAAUUGCUGGAAGUAGCGGAUUUGCAGAACGGUGUGGAGCAGGACAAUUCAAGGCACGUUAACAGGGAUCCGAGCUUGCAGCAAAUUUAUAGUUAGAGGAAUGGUGUGUCAAUCAUUUGUGUGUAUAAACGUUGAAGGGGCGUGCCAUUUUAUUUUCUGAUCGGUGAUUAAACAAGAAAUUAGGUGUCAAUACCAUGCUAGUUGAUGAACAGUUUUAUUUUCCAGGACAUUCACCAAUGUCUUCGAAAAUAUCUCCAUAGCUCUCUGGUUAUGUUUGGAAAGAUAAGUCUAAAUGUGCUCGACAGAUUAAUGCAAUCCUACUUGCAGAAUAUGGGAUGAGUU